AUGGCGUCGUUGCUACAAGCGAUUGUAGAUCCAAAGAAAAACUGGUUCGCCGCUCAGCACAUGAAAGCCGUUUCCAAACGCCUUCGCAAAUACGGUCUCCGAUACGACGAUCUGUACGAUCCAUAUUACGAUGUUGAUAUCAAGGAGGCUCUGAAUCGGCUUCCGAAGGAGGUUGUUGAUGCUCGCCAUGCGCGUCUCAAGCGCGCUAUUGACCUUUCCAUGAAGCACGAGUAUCUCCCUGAGAAUCUUCAGGCAAUGCAAACACCAUUCAGGAGCUACCUUCAGGAGAUGCUGACCUUUGUGAAGAGGGAACGGACAGAGCGGGAAUCAUUGGGAGGUUUGCCCCUAUAUCAACGAACCCUUCCAUAA